AUGCCAGUUCUUGAUUUGAAACUAUAUACUAGCAUCUCUGUAUGUGUUGCCCUUGUGGCUUUUUUAUAUUCUUGUAAUAUCUUAGAUUUAUCCUUUAAUACCUUAUUACCACAAAAAUGGCCAUGGCCUCAUAUAACAAUUGCAUCGAACUCAGUUGAUGAAACUAUAGAAUAUCAAACUCAUGGUUCAAAUUCGAAAGAGAUAGAUAAAGGACCAAUUGUAGCCACCUCAGUAUUUCAAAAUAUGUUAGCCGAAAGGUAUUUAACACCAGCAAUACCAGUUGGAUCUAUGGGACCCCUUCUUACCUCACUUUUUAAUUUUUUACAAAAAGAAAAGAUUUGUGUAAUGAUUUUCAUCAAUUUGGCAUAUUGUUUUUUAUUUAUCCUUGGAAGAUUAACGUUAAAAUUUUUCUUUGGAGAAUUGCGGGUCAUUGAAAGUCAGCACAUGUAUGAUAGACUCCUCAAUUUUCUUUUAUUCAAAGUCGUUUUUGUAGGCGCGAUUUUGGAACCAAACUGGGAAGGAUUAUUGAUAUGGACAACAUGGUUUACAAUUCUUGGAUUUUUGAGAAUAUUUAUACAAACACUUGUAAAAUAUGUAAUUCAUUUAAGAGAUUUAUCUAGACAAGGUGUUUGGGAAUCACGAGGACUUCUUUUAUAUUAUACAGAAUUUGUCACUGAUACAUUAAUACUUAUUGCUACACUUGGUCAUUAUUUACAUAUUAUGAUUAUUGCAUAUCGUAAUUACCGAAAAGCAAUUAGCAAUAUGCAAACUCAAUAUCCUAAUGCAACUGACAUGGAAUUAAAUGAAUAUAAUGAUGAUUGCGCGAUUUGUCGUGAUUCAAUGAGUUCAGCGAAAAGAUUACCAUGUGGACAUAUGUUUCAUUUGUCGUGUCUUCGUUCAUGGUUGGAACAUCAUGGGUCAUGUCCAACUUGUCGCAGACCAUUAUUGAAAGAUACGACAAUAAAACAAAAUUUAUUAGAACAUUUACAUAUGGAUCCAUUUCAACAAAUCAAUCUGGAAGGUUUAUCAUGA